CAUCCAUCGGUUAACGGAACGGAACGAACAUUCCGUGUUGUGCAUUUUAUAUGAUCGGAUCGAUUCUUGCAUUUUUCUCAUUGUUUUCAACCGCGAUGGCCGCUAACAAGGAACGUACUUUCAUCAUGGUCAAGCCGGACGGUGUCCAGCGGGGGCUCGUCGGCAAGAUCAUCAAACGCUUCGAGCAGAAGGGCUUCAAGCUGGUCGCCCUCAAAUUCAUGUGGGCCGACAAAGCUCUGUUGGAGAAGCACUAUGCCGAUUUGUCGGCUCGGCCAUUCUUCCCCGGUCUUGUUAACUACAUGAACUCCGGUCCGGUCGUUCCCAUGGUCUGGGAAGGACUUGGCGUUGUCAAAACUGGCCGGCAGAUUUUGGGUGCCACCAACCCAGCCGAUUCUGCCCCUGGAACCAUCCGCGGAGACCUGUGCGUCCAGGUCGGACGGAACAUCAUCCACGGCUCGGAUGCCGUCGAGUCUGCCAACAAGGAAAUUGCCCUGUGGUUCACCGAAAAGGAGCUCGUCUCCUGGACCCCGGCUAGCGAAGGAUGGGUCUACGAAUAAGGCGUCUAAUUCCACUACAUUAUAACUCAUUAAUAUCUACUGAAUUGAAGCAUUUUUAAGUGAUAAGAAAGUGAGCUGAAUCAGGUUGAAACAAUAAAAGUGGCAAAAUGCAGGAACGAUUAA